AUGAUAUCUGACCACAGCACCGGAGAUGUGGCCGUUGAUUCUUAUCAUCGCUACAAGGAAGAUGUAAAGCUUAUCAAAGAGAUGGGUAUGGACAAUUACAGAUUCUCUAUUGCUUGGUUUAGAAUUUUAUCGGGUGGACAUCUUAGCAAAGGAGUAAAUAAACAAGGAGUCACUUAUUACAACAACCUCAUCAAUGAGCUCUUAUCCCACGGAAUUCAACCAUUUGCGACGUUGUUUCAUUUUGAUCUGCCACAGCCACUCGAAGACGAAUAUGGUGGUUUUUUGAGUCCUCAGCUCGCCAAUGAUUUCAGGGAUUAUGCAGAAGUGUGCUUUAAAGAAUUUGGCGACAGAGUCAAGCAUUGGAUCACAAUUAAUAAACCUUGGACCUUUAUUUAUAUGGGUUAUGGCUUAGGAUUAACACCGCCAGGUCGGUGCUCUAACCGACAUCUUUGCAAAUAUGGGAAUUCAGGGGUUGAGCCAUAUAUAGUUUGCCACAACCUACUCCUUGCUCAUUCUGUUGCUGCCAAUCUUUACAAGGAAAAAUAUGUUGGAUAUUUUCAAUCUCUUAGAAAAAUAAAAUGGUUUUCGGUUUCAGUUUGCCGCUAUGACGGAAAAGUGUUAUGUGUUAAAUAA